AUGUUUUCAUACGACUACUCCUUUGACUCAAUUGAUGCAGACAGUCCCACAUUUUCAUCACAGGAGAAGAUUUUCAAGAACUUGGGCUCAGACGUUUUGAAAGCAGCAUUUUAUGGUUACAAUGCUUGUGUGUUUGCAUAUGGCCAAACGGGCUCAGGGAAAUCUUACACCAUGAUGGGAAAUAAAGUGGAUAAAGGUUUAAUCCCACGGAUCUGUGAGGAGUUGUUCCUGGAGAUAUCCAGCAGGAGCGACAGCAUGUCAUUUCAAAUGGAGGUCAGUUAUCUGGAGAUUUACAAUGAGCGUGUACAGGACCUCCUAAGGAAGAAGCUGCCGUGCUCAGAAGGAGGGGUCUUGAAAGUGAGAGAACACCCUACGGAUGGACCUUAUGUUGAGAAUCUAUCAAAACAUGUGGUGCUCAGUCAGAGUAAUGUGGAGAGCCUCAUCACGCUUGGGAAUGCCACCCGCACUAUCGCCAGCACCAGCAUGAAUGACUUCAGCAGCCGUUCACACACAAUCUUCACCAUCAUCUUUACCCAGGGAUGGUUUGAUGGUGAGUUGCCCCAUGAGAGGCACAGUAAGAUCCAACUGGUGGACCUGGCUGGCAGUGAGAGAGCUGAUGGGACGCAAGCCAUGGGCACCAGGCUGAAGGAAAGUGCAAACAUCAACAAAUCCCUGGUCACCUUGAGCAGUGUGAUCUCAGCUCUUGGUAAAUUCAGCUUGAUUAAUAAAUUAGCUUCAUCUCGUGCUGGUUAG